UUCAAAUUUUCUUUUUAUUUAUCUCAAGCCGCAAGAUUUAUAGCAUCUCUUUCUUUUCUUUCUCUAUUUUUUUUUAAUAAAAAGAAUUCCCCCAAAGAAAAAUGGCAUUCAUUGUAAUUUUUUGAGGGAAAAGGGGCAAAACCUAACUCAAUUUCUUUUUAUUAUCUCUCCGGUGAUUCCUACAUUCCACUCUGCACUCACAAAGGAGAUUUCAUGAACGAUACCUCUUUGUUUUUAGUGUUAUUUUUCUCAUCCUCUAAAAUUAUUUUCUAUUUUAUAUGCCAAUCUGGUACACACACGAACAACUAUCAAUCAAAUUUCAAAAGCACGCACAGCAGCGUUUAGUUUCGCAAAUAUAACCCUGUCUUCAACUCUCAUUACCCUUUCAGGCCUAGGGCUGUGAUCGAUUUUUGGCUUUGGUUCUUCUCAAUUUCAACCAAGAAGCGACACCAUUCGUUUUUCAAUUUUCCUUUUUUAUUUCUUUAUGACCAUUAUUUCGCCUUUUCCAUUCAUCAAGCAGAAUCCUUUCAAAGAUUUUGAUUCCCACCAGCUACCAAACUUACCCAUCUUUUAUCUCCGGGGAAUCCUUAUCCUGCUGCUAUUAAUUGUAGCCCAGUCCUGCUCCAUUUCUUGUUCUCUCGCAAAUAACCACCACCACAAUCAAAAUCAAGCAACCAUGAAGGUGCAUCCAUUGCCCAAGAAAAGAAACAACAUAACAAUUCAAUACUACAUCAACAAUACCACCGGCCAUCAGGGGGACCCAUCUUCUCACAAGAAGCUAAGGAGGCUACCACACAUCUUCAGCCGGGUCUUGGAGCUCCCUUUCCGGUCGGAUGCCGAUGUAUCGAUUGAGGAAAAUCCUGAUUGCUUCCGAUUCGUGGCGGAAACCGAUAAUAUAGGGGACUUGAGAGCUCAUGCGAUUGAAAUCUAUCCUGGGGUCACUAAAAUUGUGGUUAGGCCAAUUGGGUAUCUAGAAUUAUCCUCAUUGGAUGAUUUGGAAUUGGAUAUGUGGAGGUUCAGGCUGCCCGAAUCAACGCGGCCGGAGCUCGCCAGCGCGGUUCUAACAGACGGAGAGUUGAUUGUAACGGUGCCCAAGGGAGAUGAACUGGAGAGGGAAGGAAAUGAUAAUAAUAGGGAGUUUAGAGGAGGUAUGGGAAAUAAUAACAAUGCUACUCUUGUGCUUGUACAGGGAUAAUAAUAAUUACUGCUCUCUAGCUUUUCGCUUUUGUUCUUUACUUUAAAUGAUGUUGUGGAAGCUAGUUUUUAAGGUUGUGGUGGUUGGGAUUAGGUUUUAAAUGUCUGCUUUUGUCAUUGAAUGAAACGAGUUCUCUUUAAUUUUUUGCAUAA